AUGUUUCAACUUUAUUCGACAUUUUUAAAUGACGCUACAAACUCAUCCGCAUGUAACGCACGGUACCAAAAAGGUGCUCCAAAAACACACGGUUAUGAACUGAAUAAGCACAGCGGUUGCAACAUCAACCCAACUAAGCACUUGCACUCAUUUAAGCAAGCCACCGCUUCUUCUGAAAGCUCCUCGGGCGGCAACAGCGGCUCGGCGUCGUCUUCCAUCUACGCUCUUCUGAACUCGCUCAGAUGGCUCAGCACAUACCCGCUCGGGGCUAAGAAGACCACGCCCCGACUUCAGUCUGGGAAGCAAACACCUCUCUCUUCUGACGCUCCCCUUCCCCCCGCAUCUGACCGAACCCGCGAACGGAGGCGCUACCCAGGAUUCCCCGCGGUGGAGGGCAAGCAGCAGGCGUCCGCACCGAGGGCGUUCGAAGGCGGCGGACACCGCGCGGCGCAACGACGGUUCUGCCCUUGCCCUCGCCGCGCUCCCCGAGGCCUCCUCGGACCCCCAACAGCCGCCCGGCACCGACCGCCCCCCGCUCCUCCCCACGUGGGCCGCCACUCACCACAGUCGACUUGGAGUGCUGGCGGCGGCGAGACUCCGAACGGACCAGACGGCGGCCGGACAGUAGCCCCAGCUGGGUCACGCGGCGGCGGGGCAGCAGGCAAACGACGAGCAGGCGGGGCAUGGUGUCCAGCGAAGCGAAGUGACUCGAGGCUGAAGAGACAGCAAGCGCGAAGUGAAGCGAGGCGCUGCACGACGGCACGAGCUUCCAGGAGGCGGAUUUGCGCAGGCGCCCUGGGCCACAGAGGGGCCCGCGACCCGCCCCCGACCCAGCUUCACUCCGCCCCUACCCCGCCCCUUCCGCUCAGUGCCCUACUAUGCGCCUCCCAUAUCCCCCACUCUUUCCGCUCUGCCAGUUCUGCUCAAUCACCACUCCCGCACGCGUUCCCUUCAGGUCUCAACCAUCUUCCCGCGUGUCCCACCGAAUUCCUCCUCAUUUCUGGACCCCGGGGCUUAGUGUCUCUCUAUUGUUCGCCCUGUUCAGCACCCCAACCCCACGUGCAGUGUUUUCUCCGUGUUCUGGGUAAGGCGAGACACUCAACCCUCUUCACUUCCCUUCGUCUUUCUGUCUUCUCAACGCGCAUUACUUCUCAUUGGCAGAGUUUAUAACAUAUUCUGUUCUCUAAUGUUGUUUUCCAUCUAUUGUCUAUAAAUCUAUUCUCAAAGUUGAAAACCAAGAAGAAUUAACUCUAGUGUGCUGAUAAUAUAAAAAAUAGUCAUGGUAGGCUCAAAUAGAGUCAACCCAGUAGCAAAGGUGAUGUCACUAAACUUGCGGCUGUUGAAGGAAAAAUGGAAGAUUUUUUUUAUUGUAAACUGUA